CGUCCAACCAACAGCCUCGGUUCAGUCGCAAGCCGCUUUCCAUGUAACCCAAGAACCACAUGAAGAUUAGCAUAUUAUUCAGAACAAAUGAGUGGCGUUUACCAAGACUCUCAGCUUAUCUGUGCGUGAGUGAAGAAGGUUUAUUAAAGUUUGUUUGCGGUUUAUACCGCCGCAAUACCCACGAUCAUGGUGCUUUAUCUACUGCGAUAAAUGGCAGAUUUUUGAGAGACUUGGCGAAAGUGAGGGGAGUCUCAUGUCCUUGGCGGUGAUUUUGGCGAGCGAUACUUUGGCAUCUGGGACAUAUAAGAGUGUCAGGAUGGAGAGAGCAGCAGGAAUCAGCAGAUCAGCACUACUCCUUUACCUCUCUCCCGAGCGACGUACAUCAUGAAAUCAUCAUUUAUCUCCCUCCUGUCCCUGGCUUGUCUCGUGGUGGCCUCCCGCGAGGGCGCUCCGGUCAUGAGCCAUCUAAUGUCUAUUAAAACGGAACAUCGCGAGCGAGCCCGGGCCCAGGGUCUAUUCAGACCCAACAAUUACAUUGACCUUGGAAAGACGCCUUGCGUGGAUGGCAAAGCCGGGGAAUAUUCCUGUGAGAACGUUGAUCUCCUUGGCUUCCUGAGUCAUCAGGCUAUGGGCAGUACGACUCGGGAGGGAAAUGAUAUCUGGGGAUGGACAUCGGCCGAUGGCCGUGAAUUUGGCGUCAUUGGCCAAACGGACGGAACGGCGUUUGUAGAAGUUCUAGACGAUGGCAGUCUGCAGUAUGUUGGUCGUCUACCAACGCAGACAACGGCGACUAUUUGGCGCGAUAUGAAGGUGAUCGGAGAUCAUGCGUAUAUCGGGUCGGAGUCACCUGGACAUGGACUUCAGAUCUUUGACUUGAAGAAGCUUCUCGACACGGACAUCAAUAACCCGACCAAUUUCUCGACAGCAGAAGACCUAACGGCUUGGUACAGCGAUUUUGGUAGCUCGCACAAUAUUGUCGCGCAUGAGGAAACCAACAUGAUCUUCGCUGUCGGCACGGCUAGGAACCAAUCCUGCGCUGGCGGCCUGUGGAUGAUCGAUGUAUCUGAUCCGGCGAACCCGACAUCGCCCGGAUGUGUCAGCGAAGACGGUUACGUGCACGAUGCACAAUGCGUGAUCUACACCGGCCCCGACAAAAAAUAUACCAACCGUGAGAUCUGCUUCAACUACAACGAAGACACCCUCACCAUCGUCGAUAUAACAGACAGGGCAUUGCCAAUCCAGAUCUCCAAAACCCCCUAUGUUGGAGCAAGCUACACGCAUCAAGGCUGGGUAGCAGUCUCCGACAUGUCCUACCUCCUCCUGGACGAUGAACUGGACGAACAAGAGGGAACAGGUGAAGCCGCUAACGGACACACAACGACCUAUAUCUUCGACAUUAAGGAUCUAGCGAACCCGAAACACACGGGAACCUACCAAUCUCCCGUGCGAUCAAUUGACCAUAACCAGUAUGUUAUCGAUGGGUUGACAUACCAAGCUAACUACGGGAGCGGACUGCGCAUCGUCGAUGUUAGCUCUAUUAAGGAAGAUCCGACCGGCAAGGGUUUCAAACAGGUUGGUUUCUUUGACUGCCACCCUGAAGAUGAUGCCCAAGGUGGGGAGGUUGAGUUUGUGGGUGCUUGGAGUGUUUAUCCUUAUUUCCCGAGCGGAAAUAUUUUGUUGAAUAGUAUUGAAAGGGGUGUUUAUUCGUUGAAGUAUACUGGAAAGGCUUGAUCGUAUACGGUCUCAUGUAUAUGAAACAGAAGAGAGCGGG